CCAAGAUGGGGCUCAAGAAAGUAAACCCGAGCGCAUCUCCGCCAGCUCCGCCUAUCCAUACCAGUACCGAAAAUCUGCGUUCAAUUAACGACACCUGGUACUGGCGUUUUCUAACGCUCGCAGCCAUCAAGCUCCUAGGCUCUAUUCGACCGAGACAAGGGAUGAUACUAUUCAUUACACGAACACUCUGCGUCAAGUACGGGCCCUUGCGACAUCUUCCAGAGGCGUCUACGAUGGAGUUCAUCGCAUGUAAUACUUCCAUUCCGGUACCGAAAAUCUAUUGCGCUUUCACUCACAAUGGAUGGACAUAUAUCAUGAUGCGAAGACUUGGCGGCGAAUGCCUUGCAUACAGCUGGAAAUCGAGGUCGGCGGAGUCUCAGGCCAAGAUCCUACAGCAGUUGAAGGAAAUGAUAGAUGGUAUGCGCCGGAUUGCACCACCCUCUCCGGCCGUUGCAAACAUUGAUGGAGGUCGACUGUGGGACUGUCGACUACCGGGAAGCACCCUUACCUUUGGACCGUUUGACAAUGUCGAUUGUUUUCACCAGUACCUUCGAGGCGGCAUCAAUUCUCAAUCUACCUGCCACUACCCGAUGGCCGUGAACGAACUCGUACAACUACACACUCGAGAAUGGCCGCAACCCGUGUUUACUCACGGUGAUUUGAGCAGCCUGAAUAUCCUAGCAGAGGGCGACACAAUCACCGGUAUUGUAGAUUGGGAAACCGCCGGGUGGUAUCCUCAUUAUUGGGAAUACACAACGGCGUGCCAAGUGAAUUUCCGAAACACUUUUUGGCGUGAAGAAAUCGACAAAUUUCUGGAUCCAUGGCCCGAGGAACUCAGAAUGGAGAAGCUCAGACAGGCCUAUUUCGGAGAUGUAUAAGAAGUGCAAUCCUUUCUACGGAAAAAGACAACUGCUUUGCGACCCCUAUUGUUCUAUGCAUUAGUACCUGCGAAUUACGGAAUAGUCUCUGCUCCUUCAAGUAAGUCGUAUGUAGCGGGCUUGCUCAUAUCGAAAGACCCUCUUCCGUCAAAGCGGUGCUCUUGCUUCUUUCUCUCAAUAUAGGCCAUUGCUGUAUUCCUUAGCUUCGUCCAAUCGAGCUCGCUAGUACCCAUAGCCUUGCCAUCCUCUUGCAGGCGCUUGAGCGCUUCCACUACCCAAUAUACACAAUUCCAGCCAGCAACACUAUCUCGUAUUGGAACGUUGCGCAGUAUCUCCUUCAACCUGCUGUUCUUUUCCACCUUUCCUACGCAGAUUCGGACAAGGAGCAUUUGUGUAGCUCCAAGCGGGAUCUCUUUCUCCUCGAAUAUCCAUCCCAUCGUUCCGUCUUGUUUCAGUCCUUCUUUGGCGUGGAAUCGCCAACCUCGGCCUGAGGUUUCGUCCUUCGGCCCUACGAUCAACGCCCAGUGGUAAGUAUCUUCUAGCGUCGGCAUCUUCGACUGGCCACCACGCGCGUAAAGGGCAACAUAAAGACGGUCCUUGCCUGAUGGCAUGACGAGUUGAAGAGUCAGGAUAUUCGUAUUUGUUUGAGAGGAAAC